AUGGCAGCAGAUUCCAACUGGCGUUCCCAGGGCGCAGCCAAGCGUCAAGCUACCCUUGAUGCAAUUCCUGAGAAAUGGCGAAUCCAAGGCCCCGUUCCCCCUGCAACAGAAGUUCGCGAUGUCACAGGGCCUUAUAUCCAACAGUAUCUCAGCAGACGUGAGAUCGAGAUCACCGAAUCUGAUGCAGUUGAUAUUGCUGCACAAACUACCUCCGGUAAUUGGUCAGCUGUUGAGGUGACAGAGGCUUUCUGUCACCGUGCUGCACUAGCUCAUCAGUUUGUCAGCUGUCUACAUGAGAUCUUCUUCGAUGCAGCCAUUGAAGAUGCGAAGAAACUCGAUGCCUACUUUGCAGAGCAUAAAGCUCCAAUAGGUCCAUUGCACGGCCUCCCUGUCAGCCUAAAAGACCAAUUCCACGUCAAAGGAGUCGAAACAACGAUGGGUUAUGUAGGCUGGAUCAACACGUUUCAAGGCCAAUCCAACGACCCACGUUGGACGGUAGAAGAAAGCGAACUUACCAGAGAGUUACGCAACCUCGGUGCAGUUCUAUAUUGCAAGACCAGUGUCCCUGCAACCCUGAUGGCCGGUGAAACGGUCAACAACAUCGUCGGUUAUACCUGGAACCCGAAGAACAGACUUCUAUCUUGUGGCGGCAGUUCUGGUGGCGAGGGAGCACUUAUCGCUCUGCGAGGAUCUCCGGCUGGCUUCGGUACUGAUAUCGGGGGCAGCGUUCGUAUUCCCGCGGGUUUCAACUUUUUGUACGGGAUACGUCCGUCUGCUGGACGGAUACCGUAUGAAGGCGCUGCGAACUCGAUGGAUGGGCAGAAUUCGGUAUUAUCCGUCAUCGGGCCGUUGGCGCAUACAGCGCGCUCUUUGACGUUUCUUUUCAAAGCUAUUUUGAGUCAGGAACCGUGGUAUCAUGAUCCGCUUGCCUUGGAGCUGCCAUGGCGUGAUGAGAUCGUGCAAGAGACGUGCUCUUUGAUUGAGCGGGCUGGGACCGGUGUGCCGAGUCUUGCAUUCGGGUUGAUGAACCAUAACGGCGUGGGUCGUGUUCAUCCACCGAUUGCACGGGGCAUGAAGCUUGUCGAACAGACUUUGAGACGACUGGGCCAUAAAGUUGUGACAUGGAACCCGCCGUCUCAUGCCACGGCUCAUGAACUAGCUAAACAAAUUUACGAUAUGGACGGUGGUAUAGAUAUGGUAUACCAUCUUGGUUUGUCUGGUGAGAGGAAAGCACCACAGGUCCUUCUUUCUGAAGGAGGCACCGAGUUAAAGGCAUCUGCAAUUGCUGCUAUCAACGUCGCGAAGCGGGAGUACCAGAAACAGUACAUGGAUUACUGGAAUAGCACUGUCGAGCUUACCGGUACAGGACGCCCGGUUGACGGAGUCUUUUGUCCACUGGCAUCACAUGCCGCGGUCAUCCCUGGUCAAUAUGGUAACGUCGGCUAUACCAGUAUCGUGAAUGUACUGGACUACACCAGUGUAGCCAUUCCGGUGACCUUCGCGGAUAAGACUGUGGAUGUUUGUCCAGCAAGCAAAUCUGUCUCGGAGCUGGAAGAUUACAUCGAAUGGGAUUAUGAUGCCGAGACAUAUGAUGGUGCUCCUGUUGGGGUCCAGUUGAUGGGGAGACGUUUACAAGAAGAGAAAAUCCUGACACUUGCUGAGUAUGUCGGGAAAGAAAUCACCCAGAAUCUGAGCUAA